GUAAACAAACACUGUAACAUAGCUAAAGCUAGCUUGCGUAACCGUAAUAUUUACAGGACCGAGUUUGUUAUAUGAGUGUUUCUGCAAGUUGCAGCUCUGAAAAUAAUUGUUUUAGUUUUUUAAAGUUUUCAUUGUAAACCUGAAUCAAAUAAAACAGCUAACAGAUGUCACAACAUCUAAAAGGCUAACCUGUCACCCAAAACUUCGCGACUGUUUGUAGACGUUUACGGCAUGUGGUGAUGUCUGUUAUUGGUAUGAUGAAGGUAAACACUGGACAGCUGGCAUCGGGAAACUGGGACAGUAACGGCUGGCUGCCUGGGCCCUGACUUGCCGUCUCUAAGGAAACUCAACAGCUGAUUGGACGUUGCUCACUGUCUGGCCGUGCAGGGCUGCAGUUGGAAGCUGGAGAGGCGGGUGAAGCGGAUCAGUGAGAGGGGACAGCGGGAACUCCUGUCCUGGGGGAAGCACAGCCUGAGGUCAAAGAGGGAGAGGACGGUGGAACGGAGCCGCUUAAGUCAGCGUAUACGGGCCAGUGUUGGAGAGGAUGGGCUAUGACAUUGAGCGCUUUGUGGGGUAUGUGAAUGAGGGGCUGCUAUGCUGCGUGUGCCGGGAUGUCCUGGAAGACCCCCUGCAGGCACCCUGUGAGCAUGCCUUCUGCAGCUCCUGCAUUCACGGCUGGCUCGUGCACCACCAUAACUGCCCCGAGGACCGCCAAUUACUGGACAUCACCCUGCUCCGACCUCUGUUCAGGUACAUGAGGAAUGACCUGAGCCGGCUGCAGAUCCGGUGCCGGAACAGAGACCAGGGCUGUGAGAUGGUGUGCUCGCUGGAGUCUGUGGACAGACACGAGAGGGAGUGCGAGUACGGGCUGGUGGCCUGCACCAACACAGGAUGUCCUAUGCAAGUGGAGCGGCGCACCCUGGAGGCCCACCUGUCCGUGUGCGAGUUCCGGAGCCGCGAAUGUCCCAACGGCUGCGGCUACACCAUCCUCAGCUGCGACGACACCCAGCACAGCUGCGUGGCUGAGCUGCGCACGGAGCUGGAGCUCCUUCGGUCUGAGAUGAUCUGUAAGGUGGAGGAGGUGAGGCAUGAGAUGGAGUCCAGGCUGGACUCCCAGAGGAGGCACAUGGUGCAGAAGGAGAGCCUGCUGAAGAAUGAGGUGGAGGAGCUCAAGGGCCAGCUGUCGCGGGUGAUGUCGGACGUGCGCGCGCUCAUGGGAGCGGAGCGUCUGCACAGGCAGGAGUUGGAGCAGGCGGAGCUGGAGAAGAGGGAGCUGCUGGAGCUGCUGAAGAGCCUGCAGAAGGAGGGCCGAGCCCCGCCGACACCCCCCCCGCACCCCGUCGUCACCGACGGUCUCCGCAAGGCCGGCAGCGCCCGCAGCCUCGCCCUGGACUGCAUCAAGAGGAAGUCCCGUGAGGUCACCGUCAUCUGACGCUGCCAAACCCCUCCUCUACGCGAAGUUUCCGGUGGACCUGAGAGAGCAGAUGAAGAUUAGAUUCCAAAUCCUGGGAGAAGUAUGUCCCGAAACUGCCAUUUCAAUCACCUGCCAUCACUGCCAUUUGAAUACAAAACUUCUCUGACACUCAUUAUACACUCUUUGCAUUGGUUACAUUCCAGUAUCCUUUAGUUUUAGUGCAUUGAUCAUUUUGUUGAUAUAAUCAGCAAGACAUUAUUGUGACAAUGCAGGGGAAAUCUACGGUCUGCACACAUUUUUGUGAUGAAAUCAAUUUUUAAAAUAUAUAUCCUUCAUUAGGUAGUCUUAUGUCCUGAUUUCAGUAUUUCUAAUCCUUUUUAGUUGAAUGCUUUAGAUUUUUUUGGAUGUUGUUAGCGGUUUGCAUUCUCUUAGCUGAAAACCUUUCAGUUAUUUUUUACCAGUAGACUUUUAAAAAACCAUAGUCAGGGAUAAAAACCAAUGCGUUUAAUAACUUAUGCAAUGUGUAAGGUAAUGCGAUGCAAAAUACGAACCUUAAAAUAUAAUUUGUGGAUAAAAAUUGUGCAUCUAACCAUUUUUUUAAUGUAGAGGAAAACUGUUGCAUGAUUGCUCUUCUUUUCAUUUAUAUGUGGCAUUUAAAGUUAAAUUGAUAGCACAUAUUUAAACAGGACAUUUCUUGUGCCUAGUCAGAGGUCUUAGCAUAUGGUUAAUACCACUCAUGGUACUUUUUUGUACCACAAACUUACCCGAGAGUACCUUAGAAUUCAGCAAAUGUAUUCAUACACCAGUUAGUAUCUGGCAGCAUGGACUAUUCCAUACAUACAUACAUCUGGAAUAUAGUUCACAUAUAUGUGAUUGAGUGAUUAUGAAAAACCAAAUUCAAAGGUUUUCAGAGGAAACAAAAUUCAUGGUUUUACAAAGCCACUAUUUAGUGUUGUGUCAAUCUUUUGUACCAACAGGUUUUCACUUUGCACUUUUAAAAUAAGUAUAUAUUUUUGUCUACACGUGUUUUAAGAUGAGUAAAUGAAUCCGAUUGAUUGUCAUAUUUGCAGUUUAAUGUUGACUGAAUAAACUGAACCACACCCAA